CUUUACAUUGAAUUCAAAGAUGGAUUAUUCUAUUUACAGGCUGUUUGGACAGGAGCAAAACACAGAGAGAUCAACCAUGCAGAAGCUGAGGAAACAUCCCUAUCAUUGUCAACACAAGUGGACAUGCAGAGAUUAUCCUGAGUGCCCAAAGUGGCAUAAGACUGCCCUGAGACUGGCCAGCAUUGCACUGCUUACACUCAUUGCUGCAGUGAUAGGACUGACCAUUUGGAUAAGUCGCCCAAACAUACAUUCCUUCAGUGAUAAUCACAGCGUGAAGAUGUUUGGUAAUGAGAAUGGAGCCAGAGAUUGCGAUUGUAUGAAUACUCUUCCCAGGCAAAUACUGGGCACUACAAACUUCACAACAAACCCUAGACUAAACUUAUGCCCUAAAGACUGGGUGCAGGAGAAAGGGAAAUGCUAUAACUUUUUUAAAACUUUUAAAUCAUGGAUUGAUAGCCAAAUAUUCUGUUUACAAAUGAAAGCACAUCUCUUGAUGAUCCAAGACACGGUUGAACUGGAUUUCAUACAAAAUAGUAUACAAGAUGGAAUCUACUAUUGGAUUGGAUUGAACAUUACACACCCACAAAAAACAUGGACCUGGCUGGAUGGCACCCCAUUAAAUCCACAGUUAUUUCAAGUCAAGGGCGCAGCUGAAGACCCUGUCUGUGCUAUGAUAACAAAGAAGGGUGUUUUUUCUGAAAAAUGUUAUAUUCAUAGUUACUGGAUUUGUCAAAUGUGA